UCUGUGUGAGCUCUACGAGAGUUCAAGGAGCCACUCUGGACUCAGAACAGCAAACAUACCGAGACAACACCUUCAAGUUGAUUUAAGAGUCUUCCCGAGAGACGUUCAGCGUCAAAACUAAAUCUAAACUGGUCUAUUUUUUAGUGUUUGCUCACAACUCUUGUUAUGCGGGUUCAGGUCCACUGUUUUCACCUUCUGUAUGAACAACUACAACAACUACAGAUAUUGGCAAUUAUUCAAUUCAAUUCAAUUCAGUUUUAUUUGUAUAGUGCCAAUUCAUAACAGAAGUUAUCUCAGGACACUUUUCAAAUAGAGUAGGUCUAGACCGAACUCUUUAAAACAUUAUUUACAGAGACCCAACAGUACCACCAUGAGCAAGACCUUGGAGACAAGGGCAAGGAAACACUGCCUGUUAAAGAAACCUAGGACAGAUCCUUCGGCUCUAGGUGGGUGGUCGUCUGUCUCAACCAGUUGGGGUGAAAGAGAGAGAGAGAGAGAGACAGGCAGACAGACAGGUGCACAGUAACAACAGUAUUGGCAAUGGCAAUCUAGCAGGACCAUGGCAGGAGGCUCCACCAGGAUCCAUUAGAACCUGCGAGACGAGAAAGCACAAGAACUCCAGGGAAGAAGUGAAGAGGUGCUGAAGUUGAUGCGCACCAUAGAUGACCGUAUCGUCCAUGCCCUGAACACCACCGUGCCCACAGUCUCCUUCUCAGGCAAAGUGGAUGCCACACAAACAUGCAAACAGCUCUAUGAAUCGAUGAUGGAGGCACAUCUGAGCAGAGACAAAGCCAUCAAGGCCUGUAUAGCCCAAACAUCUGAGGUGGUCGGACACCUGCGUGAAGAAAGAGCAAAAGAAAGCGAAAACCUGGCACUUAUCAAACAGCUCAGAAAGGAGCAGACCAAAUUAAAGCUUAUGCAGUCAGAGCUGAGUGUUGAAGAAGUUGUCAAUGACAGAAGUCUGAAGAUCUUCAGGGAAAGGUGCAGAAUCCACUACACGCCUCCGAAGGUGAAGUGAAGCUCCGUCGGAUUAGAGGAGCUGCUUCAUUCAAGGUUCAAAUCCAGACUGGAGCUGAAACUGUGAGCUGCUGCUGCUGCUGAGUCCAGUCUGCAGGUCGUUUUAGACCACUGUGACCUCUCGUCCAACACACUUAUAUUCCAUUGUGACUCUCUUGUGACACAGCUGUAACAACAAUCAUCCGUGUUCUUCUUUAAUGAGAAUCCAUGUACAAAACAAGGUUUUUUUUAAAAAGACAAUGAAAUGUUUUCAAGUGA